UAUAGUGUACACUGAACUGUAACAGAACAAGAGAUACUGCUAUAAAAAACAAUAAGCAAACAAAUUGUGUUUGCUUUAAGAUUAAAAUUGUUGAUUGGCUGAAGUCUUUGUCAUUUAAUUAUUUUAAACGAGGCAGCCAACAACAAAUUUAACAAAGGAACGACUUAUAAACAACUAAUGUCUUAAUUGUAAGAAUAAUUUUAUGCUGACAUUCUGCGAGCGCGUAAACAAAACAAAAUAAGAAAAAUGAGCAACAGCGAGGAUUCACAGCAAUAUCUCACUGAUAUGUUAGUCAAAGAGGAGGACGAGGCGUCGGGUGACGAAUCGGACCGACAGGACGGACAUGGCAGCAUGCUGCGCGAACAGGAUCGAUUUUUGCCCAUUUGCAACAUCAUUAAGAUAAUGAAGGUGCCCGUGCCGCAGAAUGGCAAAAUAGCCAAAGACGCCAGAGAGUGUAUACAGGAGUGCGUCUCAGAGUUCAUAUCAUUUAUCAGCAGCGAGGCCAUCGAGCGCAGCGUCGCCGAGAACCGGAAAACAGUUAACGGGGAUGAUCUGCUGGUGGCCUUCAGCAAUCUGGGCUUCGACAACUAUGUAGAGCCCCUCUCCAUUUACUUGCAAAAAUAUCGCGAGUUUUCUUUCCCGCUGCACAGUCAAACAAAUCGGACCGAAAUUUAUUUCUGGAGGGCAGCUAUAUGCAAACUGACGACGCUAACGAGUCGGGCAAGCAUUAGCUAUCUAUUAUGGGGGCUUAUUAUUUAAGUUUUUGGUACUCUUGCAGAGGCUAUUAUAAUCUCGAAAGAAUUGUACACAUUUCCAUUAUUGUAUUAAUAACAUAGCCAUGUCCGUCUGAAUGUUUCUAUACAAACUAGUCUCUGUUUAAAGCUAUCCCUUUGAAACUUUAGUAGGGUCUUAUUUUUUUUUUUUGCAGGCAAUGUGUCUCUGGCCGGAAUUGGACCACUAUAGCUUAUGGAUGGGAGCUAUCGUACAGAAGUAAAUCUUAAGAAGAAAACCGUUUGAUUUUUCAAUCCUAAAAACGCAACUAGACGUCUGCAAGUGUAUUUAGUCUUCGGCAUACCGAAGUCUAUUCUUUUUUUUUUUUAAUUUAUGAAUUAUAUAUACAUAUAUAUAUAUAUAUAUAGUCAAGGUUUUACUUUUAUGGCAAGUAGCUUAGUAAUCUAAUAGUUUCAUUUAAUAUGUAUAUUUUAUAAGACACCAAGUACUUUUGUAUAUUCUACAGGUUUACAUAUUUGUAUAUGCUUACUGAUAUUAAAAGGAGUAUGAUGAA